CCUAUGUGAGUGACGAAAUAUUAUCAGUUUUUGGUUCACAAGUUCUUUCCGUACAUCCUAAUGAUAGUUCACAGCCUAUGUUGAGUGAUGAAAUAUUACCAGCCUUUGAUUCACAAGUUCUUUCUGUAUACCCUAUUGAACAAAGUUCACAGCCCAUAUUAAGUGAUGAAAUAUUACCACCUUCUAAUUUACAAGUUUCUUCUAUCUGCUCUAUACAACAAAAAUGUGUUUCAUCUGAAUUUAAUAUGUCGAACACUAAUAAUGUAGACAAUAGAUUCAUUAAUUAUGAUAUAUUUGACAUAAAUGAACAGCAAAAUGUUAAAUUUGAAGAUCAAGAAAAUGAACAGCAAAACCAAAAUAUUGAAUUUGAAGAUCAAGAAAAUAAACAGCAAAACGUUGAAUUUGAAGAUCAAGAAAAGCUUGAAAUUGUCUCUGGCUUAUUAUUUCAAAAUUGGGAACAGCUUGAUUGCAUAAGUUAUUCAAAGAAGACAGCUAUCCUAGAAAAUCAAAAACAAUCUCACACAAAGCAGUUAGGGUGCAAAUGGGUAGUCAAUACAACUUGUCCGAAAACAACUAAAAAAAUUAAAAUUACUUCUUAUAACUUUAAGUAUUUUAAUCAUGAAAUCCAUCCUGAUACUAUUAAUUUUGCUUCCUACUAUUGGCAAUUUCCUGAUGAAGUAAAACAAGAGAUUAACAUUAAUAUUAGUUUGUUACAAGAAAAAAGUGAGAUUGAUUUUUAUGAAAAUCUUGACGAUUUUUCAGCAACAAAUGUUAAUGAAAUUAUUUCAAGUCUAUCUACUUUAUCUAUUCAAGAAAUUUGGGAAACUACUCGUUAUCAGGCAUCUCAUAAAAAUUAUUAUUCAGACAAACAUUAUUCAAAAUCAGAUGAGUCAUUAAUAUCUCAACCAUCAAUUACUUAUAAAAAUAGAAGUGCUACUUCAACUUCAAACUUCAUAUUAGAUUUAACUCUUAUGUAUCCGGAUUCUAGUAUUGCUUUUGAUAUAUCAAAAACACUUAACAAUCGUCAUGCAUAUGGAGUUACUAAUGGUCUCUGUAAAAAAGCUAUGGCUGUUGGAUUGGAUGCUAGCUCUGCUGCAAUGGAAACACUUAAUAAGUUUCUAGAUAAUUUUAUUCGACAAUAUUCUGUCGCUAAUACUGUUUUAAGUGAAAUUCAAGAUAAUGAAUUAAGUGAUUUAGAUGAUCAAGAAAAUAUCGCACUAUUUGAUAUAUCUUCUAUAAAAAUCUGA